AUGACCGUUGUCCCUGCUCGUGUCCUCCCACCACCUGGUAUCAGCUACGCAGGUGGCCGGCCCCCACGCGUCAACGACGGCUCAUGGAACAUCCUAGAUGUCAAGUUUCAUCGUGGAGGUAACAUGGGCCGAUGGGCAGUAUUGAUCGUACGCGAGAAGAGUCGACCUGGACCGUGGACUGGUCCAAAUGAUCCUCAAAUGUGGGAGUUCAUCAACCGCUUUGCUCAAAAGUGUCGCACCGUGGGAAUGGUGUUAUCACCAGAGAGGCCGGCAGUUGUUCCAACACAGGAGCUAGACCCUCCCGGCGGUCGAGAUCCAUCCAGAACUGCUGCGGUGGCGGAGAUUAAACGAGUGCUGACCCUACUCAUCAACGCCAACCCACGACCUUCGUUCGUCCUCGUCCUCUUGAACAACAGGGAUAACUAUAUCUACCCAGGGAUCAAACGAAUCGGCGAUGUAGAGCUGGGAAUUCACACCGUGUGUAUGCAGCUUGACAAGGCGUCGGGUAGAGGCGAUGCGAAUAAGCAAGACCAGUACUUCUCCAACGUUGCGCUCAAGGUCAAUACCAAGCUUGGUGGCAUCAACCACAAACUCGACGCGAAUAGCAUGCGGUGGCUCACGGAGAAGCGCACCAUGGUCGUCGGGGCAGACGUUACACACCCCGGACCAACCAGCGCGGAUGGGACCCCUUCUCUGGCGGCAGUCGUUGCGAGUAUAGACAAUGACUUUGUCCAUUUCCCUGCAAGCAUGGAAUUGCAAGAGUCAAAGAAAGAGAUGAUUGAGAAAUUUACAGAGAUGAUGGUCGAGCGCUUGCUUCUCUGGCAACAACGAAACAAAGGGUUACCCGAAAGGGUCCUCCUUUUCCGCGAUGGCGUGUCCGAAGGCCAAUUCGACCUUGUGCUCGAGAACGAGUUGCCGCAGAUUCAAGAAGCGUUCCGCCAGGUAUACGAAUCGUCGCAGAACAAGGGCGCUAAGAAGCCGCAGCUGAUGAUUUGCAUCUGCGGUAAACGUCAUCAUGCCAGGUUCUAUCCGACCGACAGUGCCAACGCAACGAAGAACGGAAAUACCAAGCCUGGCACGAUCGUCGACAAAGGUGUCGGGGACGUCUAUCGCUUUGACUUUUAUCUACAAGCGCACGCAGGUCUUCAAGGAACAGUCAAGGCCACCCAUUACACCGUGGUUUACGACGAAAUCGGCUUUACCGCAGAUAUGCUCCAGCAAGGCACACAUACAUCCAGCUAUGCCUACGUCCGGGCGACUAAGGCUGUUAGCCUCUGCCCACCUGCGUAUUACAGCGAUCUCGCGUGCGAGCGAGGAAGACUUUAUCUCAAUGACUUGUUCAAUCUCGGAGCCGAAAAAACGGGCGCCAUACGCGGGGGUAAAAGGGACAAGGACGCUGCAAAGAAGCAAGUCUUCGAUCGCUGCAUCGCGGCCUGGGGAACUGGAAUCCACCCAAAUGUCAAGAAUUCGAUGUUUUACAUUUGA